AUGUCUUCAAGAGGAAAAGGAGGAAAAGUACGGUCAAAGGCUAAAAGCAAAUCCGUUCGGGCCGGGUUACAGUUUCCAGUUGGACGAAUUCACCGGUGUCUCCGUCAUGAAACCCGAAUGCGAGUAGGAAUUCCUGCCGCAGUAUAUAUGUGCGCAGUAUUGGAAUAUGCUGUGGCUGAAAUGCUUGAACUUGCUGGAAAUACAGCAGUAAAAUGUGGAAAAAGAAGAAUUAAACCACGUCACAUUGUCGUUGCAAUUGGAAAUGACGACGAAUUAAAAGAAUUAACUCAGAAAGCUAUUAUUUCAUCUGGUGGAUUUAUGAUUCGCAAAACUGCAGAAACUCCUAAAACAACUUCCUAACUUUAAAUUAAUUAUUUGAAUAAUGCACUGUUAUUUU